AUGUUCUCCCGAGCCCUGGGCGUCGUGUGUCUAGCCCUCUGGGCCAAGGUUGCCAACGCCGCCUUCGGACUAACCACCAACAGCGGCUCGUAUGUUGUGAACGCCGGAUCGUCGAACCCGCUCUACUUCACCGUUUCCCGUACCAGUUGCGACAUUACCUCCAUCAACUACUAUGGGUCUGAGCUGCAGUAUCAGUCCACUGGGUCGCAUAUUGGUUCUGGACUUGGGUCUGCGACUGUGACAGCGACACAGAGUGGGGAUUAUAUCAAGGUUACCUGCGAGACGGAUACGCUUACUCACUACUAUGUUGUUCAUAGUGGGGACCCGAUUAUCUAUAUGGCUACUUAUACCACUGCUGAACCCUCGAUCGGCGAGCUGCGAUAUAUCGCACGACUGAAUGCCGACCUGCUGCCGAAUGAAGAGCCAUUCGGAGAUGUCUCGAACAUUGAUGGGGGAACUGCUAUCGAAGGAUCCGAUGUGUAUCUUGUCGACGGCGAGACGCGCAGCAAGUUCUACUCCAGCGAGCGAUUCAUCGACGACCAGAGGCACUGUGUAUCCGGCAGCGCCCACCGCGUCUGCAUGAUAAUUCCUCAAUACGAAACCUCAGCCGGCGGCCCCUUCCACCGCGACAUUAACACCAAUAACGUCGGCUCCUACACCGGUCUCUACUGGUACAUGAACUCGGGCCAUGUCCAAACCGAAUCCUACCGCCAAGGCCUUCACGGCCCAUACAUGAUGUACUUCAGCCGCAGCGGCACACCAGGAACCAACAUCGACACCUCUUUCUUCGCUGACCUCGACAUCAAAGGCUACGUCGCGACCUCGGGACGAGGCUACGUUUCAGGCACCGCAUCGGGCGCAGACUCAUCCUUCGAAUGGGUGGUGCACUGGUACAAUGACGCGGCGCAGUACUGGACCUACACCUCGUCCAGCGGGAGCUUUACCUCCCCCGCUAUGAAGCCAGGUACUUAUACGAUGGUCUACUACCAGGGCGAGUACGCGGUUGCCACGUCCACGGUUACUGUUACCGCGGGUUCGACGACGUCGAAGAGUAUCUCUGGUAGCGUGAAGACGGGGACGACGAUCUUCAGGAUUGGGGAGUGGGAUGGGCAACCAACCGGCUUCCUCAACGCCGCAAACCAACUCCGCAUGCAUCCCUCCGACAGCCGCAUGUCCUCCUGGAGUCCCGGUACAUUCACAGUCGGUAGCUCGAGCACCUCGCAGUUCCCCAUGGCAAUUUUCAAGUCCGUCAACUCUCCCAUUACGAUUAAGUUCACCGCGACCUCUUCGCAGACUGGCGCCGCAACUUUAAGAAUUGGAACGACGCUUUCGUUUGCGGGUGGUCGACCGCAGGCAAAGAUCAAUAGUUAUACCGGAAGUACCCCGUCCGCGCCUACGAACCUGAAUUCUCGUGGCGUCACCCGCGGUGCGUAUCGUGGCCUUGGGGAGGUUUAUGACGUUUCUAUCCCUAGUGGAACUAUUGUUGCCGGGACGAACACGAUUACGAUCUCGGUAGUUUCUGGUAGCUCUGGGGAUACUUAUCUGAGCCCCAACUUCAUCUUCGACUGCGUUGAGCUUUUCCAAUGA